GCGUCGCCGGGCUUUUUGUUGAAGGCUGAGCUGGGGCUGGGGCUGACGUUAAACGUGCGCAGCGCCAACGAGGCAACCCUCAAACGAACGGUCGCGCCGGCGGACGUGUUCCAUGCGCUGACGGAGUUGGAGUUUGAUUCGUUCCGCGGGCGGUUGGAGAAGGAGUUGGAUGCGUUUACGGAGUUGAAGGCCGGGAAGAGGAGGGGGAAGGGUCAGGGGGAUAGUUCGGGGACAGCGGUGGCGGUGGGAGAGAAGGGUGCUGCUGGUGCUGCUGCUGCUGCUGCUGAGAUGAUGGAGGUGGAUGAGGAGGACGAGGAUCGCGGGGCGAAGAGGGUUAAGAGGGGUGCUGCUGCUGCUGCUGCCGCUGCUGGUGCGAAGGAUGAUCAGAAAAUGUCGGAUGGGGAUGAGACGCAGGAGGAGCCGGGGCGGGGGGAUGGGGAUGGGGAUGAGACGGAGGAGGUGGAGGAGGUAGAGGAAGGGGAUGACGAGGAUGAAGACGACGACGAAGACGAGGAGGAUGAGGACGAGGAGGACGGCGAGGAGGAACCCAAGGAGGAGGACGAUAUCGACCGGGUCGAGGAUCUGGAUGGAGGCGACGCCAGGCAUCGCGCCAGAGUCAUGAACCCGGAUGUCGACGGAGAUGAGACCGACAGUGAGAAUGAGUCUGGGCCCGGGAACCAGCUGAGGGGGGAAUUGGGUUAA